AUGGGUUCUCUGGUCCUGCAGUUGAGCACUGUCUUCUGCCUGAUGGCUUACUCGGUUUCUGGCAGCCCCAUCAUGGGCCUUGAGCACUCUCCCCUGGAAGAAGACAUGCCUGUCUUCGAUGAUAUCUUCACAGAGCAAGAUGGUAUUGACUUCAAUACACUGCUACAGAGUAUGAAGGACGAGUUUCUCAAGACGUUGAACCUGUCCGACAUUCCCCAGCAGGGCACAGCCAAAGUGGAUCCGCCAGAGUACAUGCUAGAACUCUACAACAAAUUCGCCACGGACCAGACCUCCAUGCCGUCUGCUAACAUCAUACGGAGCUUCAAGAAUGAAGAUCUGUUUUCUCAACCGGUCAGUUUUAAUGGGAUCCGGAAAUACCCUCUCCUCUUCAAUGUGUCCAUCCCACACCAUGAAGAGGUCAUCAUGGCUGAACUCAGGUUGUACACGCUGGUACAAAGAGAUCGUGUGAUGUAUGAUGGUGUGGACCGGAAGAUCACCAUCUUUGAAGUACUGGAGAGUGUCGAGGGUAGCAAAGAUGAAAGGAGCAUGCUGGUCUUAGUGUCAGCAGAGAUCUACGGAAUCAACAGUGAGUGGGAGACUUUUGAUGUCACGGAUGCCACCAGACGUUGGCAAAAGUCAGGCCCAUCUACCCAUCAGCUGGAGAUCCACAUUGAGAGUACACAAAACCAAGCUGAGGACACCGGAAGGGGACAACUGGAAAUAGAUAUCAGUGCCCAGAAUAAGCACGACCCUUUGCUUGUUGUAUUUUCUGAUGACCAAAGCAAUGACAAGGAACACAAAGAGGAACUGAAUGAAAUGAUUACUCAUGAGCAGGAUCUGGACCUGGACAUGGAUGGUUUUUCCAGCAGGCCUGAUGAAGAGGCCUUGUUGCAGAUGAGGUCUAACAUGAUUGAUGACUCUGCUGCUCGAAUCAGAAGGAACGCCAAGGGAAACUACUGCAAGAAGUCCUCACUCUACAUCGACUUCAAGGAGAUUGGUUGGGACUCCUGGAUCAUUGCACCACCUGGGUAUGAAGCCUAUGAAUGCCGUGGUGUCUGUAACUACCCUCUGGCAGAGCACCUCACACCCACAAAACAUGCUAUCAUCCAGUCCUUAGUCCACCUCAAGAAUUCCCAGAAAGCAUCCAAAGCUUGCUGUGUACCCACAAAGCUGGAUCCCAUCUCCAUCCUCUAUUUAGAUAAAGGUGUUGUCACCUACAAGUUUAAAUAUGAAGGAAUGGCCGUAUCUGAAUGUGGCUGUAGAUAGGAGAGGAGUCCUAUGGCUUAUUUAAUAACUGCAAAUGUGUAUAUUUUGUGUUUUAUUUAAUGAAACUAUUUAAUGAAGGUGUACAGAUAAUAGAGAUUGCCACCUUAGGGAAGUGGACAGAUCAGUGUGCUGUAGAAAACGUGUAUUUUGCUAUACAAUCCAGUCCCUUCCACUUAUCUUCUUUGGACUCUCAUUUCCCAGUGAUACCAUCUCUAACAACAAAACACAGGCCGGUACCACUUACCCUCUAUGUCAGUUUGGAAAGAGCAGCCCCUAAAGGGAAAUAGUGUCAACACAUAGAUAUUUGUGCAUGUUCAUGCAGGUGCACAUGAACUUACAGAAAUCUUUUUGUCCAGCAGAGGCAGACUAUACUGAUACAUGUGAGUAGC